GGUCAAUGACAGCAUCCUGUUUGUAAAUGAAGUGGAUGUGCGGGAAGUGACCCACUCAGCAGCAGUGGAGGCCCUCAAAGAGGCAGGCUCCAUCGUGCGCCUCUAUGUCAUGCGCCGGAAACCUCCAGCUGAGAAGGUCAUGGAGAUCAAACUCAUCAAGGGGCCUAAAGGUCUUGGCUUCAGCAUCGCAGGGGGCGUAGGGAACCAGCACAUCCCCGGUGAUAAUAGCAUCUAUGUAACUAAGAUCAUCGAAGGGGGUGCCGCCCACAAGGAUGGGAGGUUGCAGAUUGGAGACAAGAUCUUGGCGGUCAACAGUGUGGGGCUAGAGGACGUCAUGCAUGAAGAUGCUGUGGCAGCCCUGAAGAACACUUAUGAUGUUGUCUACCUAAAAGUGGCCAAGCCCAGCAAUGCCUACCUGAGUGACAGCUAUGCUCCCCCAGACAUCACAACCUGUGAGAGCCCUCCAAACCCCAAAGCUCCCCCUGACUCAUUACCCUCAUGA